GCGGUGAUUUGAAAAAGACCAAUGUUCAAGACUGAACAGGCUCAUUUCCCCCCAUGUUAAGCAUUCAAUUCGCUUCAUUCCCCACUGUUUCUGCAUACUCUAAAAAACCAAAGUGCAAUAACUCUCUCAUUUACUCUUACCUUUACACAUUGCACUGUACUACUUCACCUUCUCCAUGACUCAUCCUCACUAAAUCAUUAAAAUACUUCUCCUUAAUAUAUACUCUAACAUGGGCUAAAAUGAGUUCUUGCGGUUCUUGAACAAAUAUUUCAAAUGGGUUGAGUUUUAUUUCUUUUCUUGAAAAGGGCGUGAAGAAAACUUUAAAAAAAUUCAAAUCUUUUCUUUUUUUGUCAGUUGUAUUUGUCGUUGCAGUAUGAAGGCUUUUGAGUUCACUGUUCUGUUUUUGGUGAUGGGGAUUACAGCUUUUGUGACCUUUAGUUGCUUCAGCACUGGAGGAAUGUCCUUCAAAUGGCAAAAUAACGAUAUGCCGAUGACCAUAAAGAGCAGAAAGCUGCAGGACAAUGGCUACGGUUCAAGCACCAAUGGGGGCGACUCAAGCAACUUAGGUCUGGAAGAUUAUCGUCCCAUAGAUCCAGUUCCUAGCUGGAAAGCUUCUAUAAGACCAGGGCCUAUCGAGCAUGGUACUCCUCUUAUGCCUUAUAUUCCCAAGCCUUCACCUCCCCCUAUUAGCACCAAUGAUGGGCUCCCAUAAGCUCAUCUUUAGUCCACUUCCACUGCUUUUCUGAAAGUUGGGCAAAUGUAGUUUUUUCCCCUAAUAGUUGGACGAAUGUACGUAGUAGCUUCAGAAAAGCCAUGUCUCAACGAAUUUUGUGUUUUUCCUGUAAAUUUUUUGUCGAAACACUGUAUUACCAUGGCAUGUAACUUAUAGUACGCCUCUAGGCGAUACUCGCACAAGUAAUCAGUUAUUUAUGUAGUUGAAUUACAUAACUGAUAAUUCUUCGCCAGAUGUUGCAAGAGCAGGAGUAAUUGUUAAACCACUCCUUGCCUCUAUUUAAUCGCGCAGUUAUAUGUAAUUGAAGGAGCUGCCUAUUACAGUA